GUAUUUCAUGAUGAGCUCGGACAGGGCGUUGCAAAGUUUCUGCAGAAGGAAAUACUCACCGCUAUUUAGUUUUCAGAGACGACUCCGCCAUGUACGCGGGGUCAAUUUUCGAAAUCUGGUUCUGCCUCCAGAAUGUCCAUCGUUACGUCUUGAACUUCGGGACCUCAAAGGAGUAGUUAUCGCUGAAGGAGAACCCAUCAUACCGCAAAUUAAUCCUAGUUGGAGCAAAAUUGAUAUAACAUCCGCACAUACUAGUAAAGGUGUGCUUGUAGUUCUUUUGGCAGGCGAUACGCCGUUGCUGGAAUGGACCGUUCAUCUCUCGGGACUGGUAUUUGUCUCGCGGCAUCUUCCUGAUGAUUCAGUUAGCUUUAAUCCGGAUUCACUGUUGUUGAUUCUAGCGGAAGGUGUCUAUUGUGACAGCUCGUGUUUCCAAUCCUCUGAUUCUAAUAACGUGUCUUCGCACCAAACGCAGCAUUCGUCAAGUCAAAUACGAUUACGGCAGGCUAGCCCGACACUGUCGGCAUGUUCAGCACAGACUGCCCCAAAGACGAAUGGAGUUAUAUCUGAAAAUAAUGAUAAGCAUUUCACCGAAGCCAGCAAGGCUGAAAUCAAUGACGGCAACCAACAGGCCCUCUUAAGGAAGAUUCAGCUUUGCGAUGCAAUUGGAUGUCAGAGUCAGCGUCCUAAAGUGUACGUAAAGGUGGCAGCUUUAUGUGAUGUUCGGGAAAAGAUCUUGGUUGACCCACGACGUCUUCGUAAAUCCUACGGCGUCAACGCGCUUAAUCGAUUAUCGACUAUGGAACGUGCCAUACGACAUACGACGGCUAACGGAAGGAUGCUUCAGGCUAGUCUCGAAAGUUCGAUUGCAAAUCGAAUUCAAUCAGCUACAUAUAAUGCACGUUGCGAACUCGAGACGUUGCGGUUGAGGUGUCGUGCCCUUGAAUACCAUAUUAGGGAGCGAGAAAUACUACUAGACAACGAAUCACAACAGCUUGCGCGCGAACAAGAUAUGGCUGUUGGAGUCAGAGUGGAACUGGAUGAGUAUCGACUACGAAUAGUAAAAGAGCGUGAAAAUCUCCGCCAGGUCCGAGAGCGCCUCCAAGCGAGCAAGAUGGAACUGGAAAAUGUUGGCUUGUUCAAAAGACAGAUGGCGCUCAUUUGUGAACUCGACGAGUAUAUUUAUCCUAUUGUACAGGUUUUUUUCCCUUUCCAGGUUCCUACUGGAACCGGUUACACAAUAUGCUCCAUACUUGUGCAAUCAAUGGAGGAACUAAAGAAUCCUAGAAAGCGGUUGGACGAUCACAUAAUCUCAACGGGAAUAGCAUAUGUAUUCCAUUUAGUUUGCAUGCUGAGCAUCUUCACCGGUGUACCACUUAUCUACCCGUUAAAGUAUGACCGAAAUGCUCCCGUGGUUGUAGACGUUACAUUUGAUUCGUUUCACCAAAAAGAGUUUCCUCUCUAUGUGAAAGGAAAGGAUCGACUGUACUUCGAGCAUGCUGUAUCCCUACUGGCACGCAAUGUCUCUCACUUGCGAGUUCACUUCGGGCUGCCAUCGAUGCGGGGCAGGAUGAUGGCAGGUCUUUACAACCUUUUGAAUUACUUCAAAGAUAAAAGAAUGCCUGGGGUUUCAUCAGUUAACGAGUUAUCGGGAAUCGGCUCAAUUAUGCAGUCAGACUUCACUGUGUCAGAUUCGAAUAUGUCAUCCAGAUGUCCCACGCCGGAUCGAUGCUUAUCGCCGCAUAACACCCCCCCGCAGAACACUUUACGACUCCGAAACCGAGUGCACUCAUCCGUACCUAACCUAGCGUCGGCUUCGCUCCUUGCAGACACUCUCGAUGAUAUUUACAAUGGAGCUGCAAGCGACAAUGUGAGCUAGCAGCCAAAAGAUGAAAGAAUUCUAUCAUUUAGAUACUGUCGAACUACUUAUACUACAGACGUAUUUUUUCGAUAUUGCGAUAGCAUAACAAUUCCUGCUUACAGAACACCGUGUAGUGGCUUUGAAUCAUUCCAAGGUGGCGCACACGCAUGUACAGCAAAAGACACGCGUCUAACAAAUAGGUUAAAGAAAAUGAAUACACAAUUAUAUUGACGAAGAGAGACAUUUUAAACACUUAAAACAGAGGUACAUAAGGAAGAUUGAAGAGGACAAAAAGCUAAGUACUAUAGCAAUUUGCAAAGAGGCAGAUCAAAGUGAUAUAUUAUAGAAGAUAGAUUCUAUUACAUAUUGUGCUAACUUUUGCUCAGCUAGUAUCGACAAUUAGCUGUAUAAACCUGAUGGAAAUAGAAAGUGUUUCACGGGCGAGUGGGCUCACAGAUGGGAAAAUAUAUUCGCUGGGUAAAGCGGUAAAAAGAAAAAACGUAUACUAAUAUAUAUUUCGGGACACCACAUAAAACGAACAAGACAAAUAAGGCAUAAAGUGAUAUAUGUGGUACAGAUUGACAUGAAAAACAAGGAAAAUAAAAUAGCUAAAUUAAUUAAGACUUCAUUUUAAUAAUAAUUAUUAAUAUUAUUGAAAUCAGUGAAGCUGUGCUGUUGCACUAAUUUUUUUACGUACAAAUGAGUUGUUUAUUAUAUGCUAUCCAGGGUAGAGUUAAUAUGUCUCAUGAAACUAAUUUAAAUAAAGACUUAAUGAUAUAUUCAAUUAUGUUGAUGAG